GGCCGGUGGCCACCGCGGCACGAUGGACCUGGCCCUUUCCAAUGGCCAGACUCUGGCCCAGCCGCCGUCGCCGGACUUGUGGCCGCCGGUGAGCUCGGAGGAGGAGCUCUCCGAUUGUCUCGAUUACUACUACCUGCGCGACUUCCCGGCUUGUGGGGCCGGACACAGCAAGGGCAGGACGCGGCGCGAGCGGGAACUGCGCACCAACCGGCCGGUGCCUGGAGGCCACGAGCGCAAAAUCGCACAGAAGCUCGUCAACGGCCAGCGCAAGCGUCGCCAGCGCAAGCUGCAGCCCCGGCCGCGCACCCGCCUCGCCUGUGCGCUGGAUACCGAAGGACCUGAUAAAAAAAAGUCUUUUCUCUGACUCCAGCUGUAACUGUGGUCUUAAGGGGGAGAGAAUCCAUGUCGGUCAACAGAAUUUGGUUUUGACAUGGCUUAAGUUUACUGCUUCACUAUCUUUUCCUUACUGGUUGUUAGCUAAGUAAGAUCCAAGUGGAUAUGCCUUUUUAGGGAUUUUAAUUAAAACAGAGCAGCAGCAAGAGUGGCAUUUUAACUUAUGUGGUUCUUUUUUUAGUUGUUAUGGUAACUCGUUUUAAGUCUACAAAUAUUUGCGUUCUGCAUAAAGAAAAGGUCACAGAUGAAUGGGGGAGGAGAACAAAGAUAGGAAUUAGCACAGGAUGUCAACAAAAGUGUCAGACUACUCUGCAGGUUUAAUAUUUGUUUUCCAAGAAAGGAGUCCUUUAAAUUGUGUCUGUUGAAUCUAGUUGCUAAGUUCUCUGCACUACAGAUCCCACAACAAUCAUUUGAGGUAGAUACUGUUACCUCCAUUUUAUAGAGGGGAUUCUUGAGGCUCAGAGAGUUUACAUAACUUUCCAAAGGCACACAACUGGUUAGAAAGAAGAUGGGCUUAACAGAUACUUUUAUAAAGUAUUUACUCCUUCCAGGAUCACAGUUUUCCUCAACUGUACACAAUGUUCUUUGGUUCAGAACCACCCACAAACUCCAGGUCCAACAAUAAGAGCUGAGUUUUAGUUUUAAAAUUAUGCAGAAUAUGGCAGGGUAGCUUUCCUUUAUCUUCAGUCUGCAUCCAGUCGGGCCUCUGCACCCAGUGGUGAGUCCUUGAUUAGGAGAGAAAGGUGUGUACUGGAAGGAGCAACCUUAGUAUUAAUCCAAGCUGUGACUGUUCAUCAUUCUGGCAGCAAACUUAUGAAUGGCAACUACUUCCAAGUUCCACUAAGCCUCAGGUUUCUCAUUUGUAAAAUGGGAAUAAUAUUGGAUUACCUUGCCAAACUGGGUUAUAGAUAAAAUAUAUGAAACACCCAACACAGUUAAGGACCUGAAACAUAGUAGGUGCUCAAUAAAUGAAAACUAUUUUUAAGUUUACAGAAUAUAAUCCCUCCUCCUUCCUCUAUGGU